CAAGACACUUUAUCUAUUCCUCAUUCGCUUGUGAGCGGAUAACAUCCGUAUUUUUAUCUUCCAGGGGAACCUUACUCCUUGAGGAUUAUUUGGUGGAGCGAAGCGAUAAAAUGGGCGUCUUUCACCGGAGUGGACUUUUAGCUACACGCAGAUUCUGAUCCACAAACAUCCCAUUUGACGCCCGUUAGCUUCACAGUCGCCGCCGCUAUCGCCAGGUACCAGCGUCGGCGAGAGUCUCCAGAGGGGUGACGUCAAACCCAUUUCACUUGGAGACGUCCUGCACCGCCAACAUGUCAGGGGCUUCUGUAAAAGUUGCUGUCCGGGUCCGGCCAUUCAACUCUCGGGAAACAAGCAAAGAAUCAAAAUGUAUCAUUCAGAUGCAAGGCAACACAACAACUAUUCUCAAUCCCAAAGCCCCAAAAGAACCAGCAAAGACCUUCAGUUUCGAUUACUCCUACUGGUCCCACACAACGCCAGAAGAUCCCACCUUUGCAUCACAAAAUCUUGUGUACAAUGACAUUGGUAAAGAAAUGCUGGCACAUGCCUUUGAAGGCUACAACGUCUGCAUCUUUGCCUACGGCCAGACAGGAGCUGGCAAAUCCUACACUAUGAUGGGGAAACAGGAGGAGGGGCAGGAAGGAAUCAUCCCCAUGCUUUGUGAAGAUCUCUUUGAGAAGAUCAAUGAGAGCAGCAACAACGAGGAGCUUUCCUACUCAGUGGAGGUCAGCUACAUGGAGAUCUACUGUGAACGAGUCAGAGAUUUGCUCAAUCCCAAGAACAAAGGAAACUUGCGGGUGCGGGAACAUCCUCUUCUAGGUCCUUAUGUGGAAGAUCUGUCCAAGCUGGCGGUUACCUCCUACACUGACAUCGCUGAUCUCAUGGAUGCAGGAAACAAGGCGCGAACGGUGGCUGCUACCAACAUGAAUGAGACCAGCAGCAGGUCUCACGCUGUCUUCACCAUCGUCUUCACACAAAGGAAACAUGACAGUGAGACGGACCUUUCUACUGAGAAGGUCAGCAAGAUUAGUUUGGUAGACUUGGCCGGAAGCGAACGAGCAGAUUCCACAGGAGCCAAAGGCACCCGGCUAAAGGAGGGAGCUAAUAUUAACAAGUCCCUCACCACAUUGGGAAAGGUUAUCUCUGCACUGGCUGAAGUGGAUAAUUGUACCAGCAAGAGUAAGAAAAAGAAGAAGACGGAUUUCAUCCCAUACAGAGAUUCUGUUUUGACAUGGCUGUUAAGGGAAAACCUUGGUGGAAACUCCAGAACAGCAAUGGUCGCCGCCCUCAGUCCUGCAGAUAUCAACUACGAUGAAACCCUCAGUACGCUUCGGUAUGCCGACCGAGCAAAGAACAUCAAGUGCAAUGCUGUUAUCAAUGAGGAUCCCAAUAAUAAGCUGGUGCGUGACCUUAAGGAUGAAGUGGCGCGACUGAAGGAACUGCUCCGUGCCCAGGGCUUGGGAGACAUCCUGGACAUAGAUCCAAUGGGGGAUGAUUGCUCAAGUGGAAUCAAAUGUGAAAGUCCACAAACCUUCAGACUGCCACCUCUUGGUUCUCAGACUGAGGUUUCGAGCUACAAAAGUAAAGCGCCUAUCGGUUCUCUGACAGCUUCACCGUCGUCUGGUUUGCUGUGCAACCAGGGUGGCCUACAGUCGGCCACUAGUAUCCAGGAGCGCAUCAUGUCAACACCCGGAGGAGAGGAGGCCAUUGAAAGACUAAAGGAAUCAGAGAAGAUCAUUGCUGAGCUCAAUGAAACCUGGGAAGAGAAACUGCGCAAGACGGAAGCCAUCCGCAUGGAGAGAGAGGCAUUGCUAGCUGAGAUGGGUGUGGCAAUCCGUGAAGAUGGAGGAACCUUAGGUGUAUUUUCUCCUAAAAAGCUUAACCAUGAAAGGCAAUUUGAUUGUUUUCCAGUAAAGGAGAAUUUCAUUGAGAAGUCAUGCGAUCUCUAUACAGACUUUAAUGGGGUCUUCUCCCCAAAGAAGACUCCGCACCUGGUGAACUUGAAUGAGGAUCCCCUCAUGUCCGAGUGUCUGCUCUACUACAUCAAAGAUGGAAUUACAAGGGUGGGUCAGGCAGAUGCUGAAAGAAGACAGGAUAUUGUCUUAAGUGGUGCUCAUAUCAGAGAAGAACAUUGCAUAUUCUGCAGUGAGAGAAAUGCCAAUGGCGAUGUGGUCGUCAUGCUGGUGCCAUGUGAAGGAUCAGAAACUUAUGUCAAUGGCAAGCGAGUUGAGGAUGCUAUCCAGCUACGUUCAGGAAACCGUAUCAUUAUGGGAAAGAACCACGUGUUCCGGUUCAACCACCCGGAACAAGCCAGGGCUGAAAGAGAGAAAACACCCACAGCUGAGACACCAGUGGAACCGGUGGACUGGACUUUUGCUCAACGAGAGUUAUUGGAGAAGCAAGGCAUUGACAUGAAGCAGGAGAUGGAGAAGAGGCUCACUGAGAUGGAAAUCUUGUACAAAAAAGAAAAAGAAGAAGCCGAUCAACUCUUGGAGCAGCAGCGUCUGGUUUACGAGAGCAAAUUGCAGGAACUUCAGAAACAGGUUGAGACCCGAUCACUUAUAGCGGAGACGCCAGAUGAAGAAGAGCUUGAAGAGGAGGAGGAAGAGGAAGAGCCUCAACUACUGGGAUUGCCGUGGACUCAGCACGAGUAUGAUUUAGCUCAGUGGGCCUUCAGGAAAUGGCGCUACCACCAGUUCACCUCCCUGCGUGAUCAGCUGUGGGGAAAUGCUGUGUACCUGAAGGAGGCCAAUGCCAUCAGUGUGGAGCUCAAGAAAAAGGUCCAGUUCCAGUUUGUGUUGCUCACAGAUACCUUGUACUCCCCCCUGCCGCCCGAGCUGCUUCCUCCAGAACCAGAGAAGGAUCGUGACCUGCGCCCGUUCCCUCGUACAGUCGUUGCAGUGGAAGUCCAGGACCUGAAGAAUGGGGCAACGCACUACUGGUCCCUUGAAAAACUAAAGCAGCGGCUGGAGCAGAUGAGAGAGAUGUACGACCGCGCGGGAGAAAUGGCCUCAGCGCACCAGGAGGAAAUUGGCGAGGGGACUUUGACAGGAAAUGACCCCUUCUAUGACCGCUUCCAUUGGUUCAAGCUGGUGGGCAGCUCCCCCAUUUUCAACGGUUGCGUCAACGAGCGCCUGGCUGACCGCACGCCCUCUCCCACCUUCUCCACCACCGACUCCGAGAUCACAGAGAUGGCAGAUGAACGGCAGAGCGAGAUGUCCGACUUGAUCGACGACGAGGCAUUUGUGGACGAUACCAGCUCAGACGCCGGCACCGAGGAGGGGUCGGAUAUCUUCAGCGACGGCCAAGACCCCUUCUAUGACCGCUCCCCCUGGUUCAUCCUGGUGGGAAGAGCUUUUGUGUACCUGAGUAACCUGCUCUACCCAGUACCCCUGGUGCACCGUGUUGCCAUAGUAACUGAGAAAGGAGACGUGCGUGGGUUCCUGCGUGUGGGAGUCCAGGCGAUUGCUGCCGACGAGGAAGCGCCAGACUACGGCUCAGGUGUGCGCCAGUCAGGGACUGCUAAGAUCUCCUUUGAUGACGAGUACUUCAAGAAGAAUGACUACUCAUCCCCGGGAAUGACCCACUCUGGCUUGUCCCUGGAAGAACUGCGUAUAGUGGAGGGCCAAGGUCAAAGUUCAGAGGUCAUCACACCCUCGGAGGAGCUCAACAGAAUCAAUGACAUGGAUCUCAAGCUGGGAGACACAGCAGACACCAAGCUGAGUUGUGGCGAAGGUCUGGCAGGCCAGCUGGAGGUGGGCAGCAUCUUCACCUUCCGUGUUACUGUGCUCCAAACUACCGGCAUCCCACCCGAAUAUGCAGACAUCUUCUGCCAAUUCAAUUUCCUGCAUCGCCAUGACGAGGCGUUCUCUACUGAGCCUUUGAAGAACACUGGAAAAGGAACUCCUCUGGCCUUCUACCAUGUCCAGAAUAUAUCGGUUGAGGUGACUCAGUCAUUCAUCGAGUACAUCAAGACCAAGCCCAUCGUGUUUGAGGUGUUCGGACACUACCAGCAGCACCCUCUCCAUCUCCAUGGGCAGGACCUGAUCAGUCCUCCAACACAGUCUAGGAAAUACUAUCCCAUCCCAAUGCCUUUGUCUAAACCAGACCACAAACGUAAGAUUGAACUGAUCCGGUACCUGAUGAGUGGCUAUGUGAAUGGCAAGGUGCUGGACACUUUGUCGGAGCACGCCAACGCCUUGGCCGCCUCUGCUGUGGCCAGUCUGGAUGAGGAGGCUGACCAGCUUUCUCACUUUCCCUUCCUGCCCGUGCCUAGUGACCUUGUGUUUGUUGUGCCGCGGCACCACGUUCCAGCCACCAAGCUAAACACCAUCACCAAGUCCAAUUUGGGCCAGUGUGUCAGCAAGUAUGACCUGCUGGUCUGGUUUGAAAUCAGUGAACUGGAGCCCACAGGAGAAUACAUUCCAGCUAUUGUGGAUCACAGCGGAGGUUUGCCUUGUCAUGGAACCUACCUGCUGCACCAGGGCAUCCAGCGGAGGAUCACAGUGACGCUCAUCCAUGAGAAGGGCAGCGAACUGCACUGGAAGGACGUUCGUGAGCUUGUUGUGGGUCGCAUCAGGAGUAAGGCUGAGGUGGAGGAUUGUGCUGCCGAUGCAGUCCUCUCUCUCAAUAUCAUUUCUGCCAAGAACAUUAAGUCCUCACACAACGCCAACAGGCUUUCUAUUGAUAAGGAUAUUGAUAGAACGUUCUACCGCUUCGAGGCGGUUUGGGACAGCUCCCUGCACAACUCCCUGCUGCUGAACAGAGUCACCCCCUAUGGAGAGAAGAUCUACAUGACUGUGUCAGCAUAUCUGGAGCUGGACCACUGCAUCCAACCGGCCAUCAUUACCAAAGACAUCUGCAUGGUGUUUUACUCACGGGACGCCAAGAUUUCUCCUCCUCGCUCCCUCAGAAACCUCUUCGGGAGUGGAUACUCCAAAACUCCAGACUGCAACCGGGUGACUGGCAUCUAUGAGCUGAGCUUGUGCAAGAUGUCUGACUCUGGUAGUCCAGGCAUGCAGCGCAGGAGGAGGAAGGUCCUGGAUACAUCAGUGGCGUACGUGCGUGGAGAGGAGAACUUGGCAGGUUGGAGGCCCAGAGGAGACAGUCUCAUCCUGGAGCAUCAGUGGGAACUUGAGAAGAUGGAGCAACUUCAAGAGGUGGAGAAGACCCGGCACUUGCUCCUACUGAGGGAGAAGCUGGGAGAAUCAGCUCCUACCUCCAAGUUCUUGAGUGAUUCACCGCUUUCACCGAGCAUGAGCUCAGGCACCUUAUCAACCUCCACAUCCAUAUCCUCCCAAAUAUCCAGCACCACCUUUGAGAGUGCCAUCACGCCCAGCGAGAGCAGCGGCUACGACUCAGCCGACAUCGAGAGUCUGGUGGAUCGUGAGAAGGAGCUGGCCACGAAGUGUCUGCGACUGCUGACACACACAUUCAACAGUGAAUACAACCAGGUGGUGAACAGCAUCAGCGACUGCAAGCUUUCUGACAUGUCUCCAAUGGGCCGUGACCCGUCAGUGACCAGCUUCAGCAGCGCCACCAUCACGCCAUCCUCCACCUGCCCCUCUCUGGCUGACUCGCGCUGCAGCUCCAUGGAUCAGAAAACUCCAGAAAAUUGCUCUCGUGCGUCAAGCCCCUCCUGCUCGGAUUACGAAAACUUCCCCAUGGUUCCCACGCUAGAGAUGUCCUACCUCGCUCGCGCCGGGAAGAACGAGUUCCUCAACUUGGUUCCUGACAUCGAGGAGAUGAGGCCUGGAUCUGUCGUGUCCAAGAAGGGUUUCUUGAGCUUCAUGGAGCCGCGCUCCAACUCUUGGGUCAAGCACUUUGUGGUUGUGCGACGGCCUUACGUCUUCAUCUACAACGGUGACAAGGACCCGGUCGAACGAGGGGUCCUUAACCUGUCCACAGCUCAGGUGGAAUACAGCGAAGACCAGCAGGCCAUGAUUAAGACUCCCAACACAUUUGCAGUCUGCACGAAACAUCGAGGAAUCCUCCUGCAGGCCAACAAUGAGAAGGACAUGAAUGACUGGCUCUACGCGUUUAACCCGCUCCUGGCCGGAACAAUAAGAUCCAAGCUGGCGAGGAGACGCAGCAACCAAAUAAAGAACUGAGUCGUGCUGAGCGCCGCGGCUUCACCUCUCUCUCUCUCUCUCUCUCUGAAAAGCCUUUUGAACAAGUGUUGAAACGUAUUAAUCAUUGUGACUCUUGACGGUUUUCUCUUGUAAGUAGACCUGUGGCUUCAGUCUCUUUCAUGCAACUACAGAUUUUAGUUCCCUCCCUCCUCCGCUUCUUCGUGUCCUUUUUUUUUUUUUUUUUAAAUCCUGGGUCUAAUUCUGUUCCGCUUUUGUCCUCAUUCCCCAACUCCCUAACUAGUAGCAUGUUGUAGUAGUCAACCUGUGUGUGCACGAUUUGGCAAAAAAACAAAACAAAAAAAAAAACACCACUGUUCCCUUGACCGUUUCAGUUGGCCAGCAUCUGAAAAAAAAGGUCUUUUCAGUGUUACUUGUCUCCUCAGUAGUGUUUUUUUUAAAGAUUGAUUUUUGUAUUCCAAUUACAACCGCAUGAAACCUGCAGCAGUCCUCAGGUGAAGACCAUGUUUGCUGACUGAAAUGAUCCACAGAUGAAGUUUACUUUCUGCUGAGAAAAGUCUAAAAAAAACUCACACUCUUUCUUCGCGAGCUCUAUAUCAGGCUGCUGCCUUUUCCUCCACUAGACAAGUGCAAGCCACUCGUCAUGUAUUGGAGUCCCUUGUAGACCGAACCCACGAGUGGGAGAUGGUUUUAGAAUCAUGGGUUUAAGUCGUAAUGUAAUAUGAGUGUGGUGAAAUUCCACCAAAGCGAAUGAGGGAAUCAUCUGAGUUGUCUCUCUUACUACAUUCCUCCUCAGCAGAUGAAGUGUCGGACCUCAAACUCUGUUAUCAUGAAGACAAUAUAUCUGAAGCAAGUUCAACCUCGAUGCAGGAAGUUCAUUUUUUUGUUCAGCUGCUACUCACACGUUGUCACACACUGAAGUCCGUAACAAUAGUCAGACUCUUGUUUUAUCAUGUUAGCUGUUUUCAUUGAUGUUUUCUGAACGUUACUUUGCACAUGACUAGCAUCUAUAGCAAGAGCAGGGAAGCUCGACGUGUCCGGGAUAUACCAGCACAUAUCUAGGUGACACCCGAGGAGAUACAUGAGAGACUCAAUAUAAAGGGAGAGAGUGUUUUUUAUUAUUAUUUAACCCUGGAAAUAGUUGCUCUAGAAAUGUUCUUGUUCAAGUCGAUGGUAAAGAAGUUGUGUUCUGUGAGCGAGGUGCAAACUCUGGCCAGCCAACCAGACGUUUGACCAGUCUGAUCCAUGACUCGAUAUCGCGAGAGGACGCCGCCUUUUAUGGCUCUAGCAUUGAAAGAGAGUAUGACUCCCAGAUAUGAACUGUUUUGCAAAGCACAACUAAGGUCCACCUUGUUCAUGAGCACAUGUUUUUACUUGUUACUUUUUACGAGUAAAGGUUUUCACCUUCAACAGAAAGAGGGGAGAAUGUUUGGUAUAUAUCGGCGAUGAGAAACUCUGGCCAACCAUCCAGCAGUAGCCGAAUGUACAGGAUGGAAAAUGUGGAGUGUUAGUGGAGCCUUCUACUGGUGUGGAGUGGUAUCUCUUCUGUCUUAUUGAGUUACUUAGUGAGUUAGCUGUGGGAAUAAAAUGUCCUUGGUACCAUGUGGCUACCUCAAGAUUCGUAGUAGACGUGCAGAGCGCUGCUGUAACAUUGCAACAUCAUGUCGUAUCAGAUGCAGUUUCUGAAUUCUAUCAAUGUUAAUAGCAAACAAGGGCGAGUCAAGAAUGAAGCCUUAAUAAAUCAGCCCUUCCAAAUUCAAUUGGAGCACAGAUUAUGACCAUAUUGAGUCCAACAAAUACUAUAAACCAAUGUAUUUGACAGCAUCAGGGGGAGUUGACUUUAACUUUAAUUGUUACAAUUUUAUCUGUGUGUUCUUUACAUUUUCUAUUUUGUACUUGUGCAUUAAUAUUCAACUUGUGUCAUUGUUUUCCAGUUAAAAUUGUUAUAUGAAGGGACACAACUUGGAUAUGUAGGUAAAAACAAAAAUGAGAAUCUGAAAUGAAGUCUUACAAAUCUCAGCCAACAAGUCAAACAACCUCUUGGUUGGGAAUCCGUGGCUUUAUAACAGCUAAUUUCUGGGAGUCAUGUCCUCGUCCGUAGCCAAAACAAAUUCACCUCAGAGCAACUACUUUCACUUUCAAGGCAUUUUUAUUUCGCAUGUUUAUUCUGAAUUGUGUGUCCAUAUUUGUUUGCAGCUCUUUGCACAUAUUAACUAAAGGGUUUAACUAACUGAUCAAUCCACGUCUGUUGCGGUUUAGUUGCUCUACUCAGAUUGAACCAAAUGAUGGUGUUGAAUGUACUUGGAAGAUGUGUGUUGUUCAUCAUCGAAAAGGGCAAAAUGUGGGGAGUUCCAUUAGCGCUUCCUGGAUUCGAGUGUGUUUGAUUUACUCACAGCUAACCAGCCUCCUGAAUUAUCAACUAUAUAAAGUCAUUUAAUUUCUGAUAUCAGGGAAUACGAUAUGAAGUAGCUAGUGAUAUCUCUCGGUGACAUUCUAUGUUGUUGUUCGUGCCGGUGUCUUUCAUUCACCUAAACACUUUUUUUCCGUUGAUGCCUUUCAAACAAACAAACAAACAAACGAAAGAUCUUCGUCCUCCCCUCUGACAAAUUGAUAUCAACUCUUCCCUCUGUUUUUUUUGUUCACCUAAAGACAAUAACACUGUACAUUCUCUGUCUGAUCUGGUGUCAUUUUCAUACUUAAUUUGUAAAUAUCUGUGUCGUAUGGAGCUUGAAUUAAAAACUGUAAAUAUGUUUCAUGUAUUUGUAAUAACUAUAAUCCAUUCGCUGUAUAGCAUAGAUGUGUCAUGCAGAUAUCCUAAUUCCGUGUAUGGUAAUAUUGCACCGUUGAGCUGUUUAGUGAAUGAGACAACAAUAAAAGUGCAAACUGUGCAGUA